AAGCGCGCUCCCUUCCGGUUAACGACAGCCGCCGCGACCGCCGUGCCGGCCAUCCUCCGGUAAGCGCCUCAGCCGGACCCUCGGCGUUUCCACCAAUCUUUCCAGCUCGGGCUCUUCGCUGGGGGCGCCCCCUUCGCCUUGGAUCAUGUUCAAGAAAUUUGAUGAAAAAGAAAAUGUAUCCAACUGCAUCCAGUUGAAAACCUCAGUUAUUAAGGGUAUUAAGAACCAAUUGAUAGAGCAGUUUCCGGGUAUCGAGCCGUGGCUCAAUCAAAUCUUGCCCAAGAAAGAUCCGGUCAAAAUCGUGCGCUGCCACGAACACAUAGAGAUCCUUACGGUCAACGGAGAGUUACUGUUCUUUAGACAGAGGGAGGGGCCCUUCUACCCCACCCUGAGGCUCCUUCACAAAUACCCCUUCAUCCUGCCGCACCAGCAGGUGGACAAGGGAGCCAUCAAGUUUGUGCUCAGCGGAGCCAACAUCAUGUGUCCCGGCCUGACGUCCCCGGGGGCGCAGCUGUACCCCGCCGCGGUGGACACGGUCGUGGCCAUCAUGGCCGAGGGCAAGCAGCACGCGCUGUGCGUCGGCGUCAUGAGGAUGUCCGCCGAAGACAUCGAGAAGGUCAACAAGGGAAUCGGCAUCGAGAACAUCCACUAUUUGAACGAUGGGCUGUGGCACAUGAAGACGUACAAGUGAGCGUCCGGAGGGCGCCCCGGGACUGGAGCCGUGGACGUGGUGCUGUGUCUGUGUUUGUGUCUGUGUGACGGCAUGAAGAGCAUUCCUCCGCGCUGACGAUAGAUGCUCAAAGAAGCAAAAAACCAAGUAAAGAUUUGGAAGGAGCA